AUGGGCCGCCUCAGCUCUGCCCUUCAGAAGUGCGAGGACUUCGGGGAUCGGGGAUUGGAGGACGUACCGCGCAUCCGGGCGUUUGGAACGUUGCUGGAUCGCCGUGUGCAGGCUGCGCCUCCGCACCCGAAGCCGAAACGAGUGAAACGAGCAUCAGGCAAGAAGAGAAAGAAUCGCGCAGCUUCCUCUCAGAGUGUCGAGAAGGUCCAAGGGCGCCCGUCGGACAAACUCGAGAACUUGCCAUCUUCGAAGAGUAAGAAGAAGACCAAAGCUCGGAAGUUCAAUAGAGCGCGCUUCGACCGUGCUGUUCAAGCGGCAGAGCUGAAGCGUGCCGCUUUGGUUGGAGGCUGGCGGAAUCUCGGAAGAGGGCGCAAGAGGAAGGCGAUCGACCCAAAGGACUUCGCCGAUGAGGAAGAAGGUCAGAGACGUUUUUUGCGCAGCUUCCAAGACUGGCUUCAGGAUCGCGGCCUCGAGGAUUGCCUGAGGAGGGAUGCAAGGAGGGAUCCUUCUGCCGAGCUGGGUAUUCCAAGCAGGCCUUUCAUGUACUUCAAGUACAAGGCGCCGAGUGUUAAGAAGGGCCCGACUUGGGCUUGCAACGCGCGGAUGAGGCCGGGCCGUGGGUGGAAAAGGGCUUAUCACGGCACCUGGUUCUACGGAUUGGGCAGCAUCUUACAGCAUGGAGUGCUCUUAGAGUCAGUGAAUGAGGAUGCUGGCCAUGAGUUCUGGAAGCCAGGUCUCUACCUGACACCAAAGCUGGGAACUGCGACCUGGUAUGGCAGAGCUCAGAGAGUCUUCGAGGAUGACAUGUUUCACCGAGCCAUCGUCGAGGUGAAGUACGACCCAUCGAAAAAGAAAGUCUAUCGGGAGCGGGGCGGUGGUCAGAUCGUGGUGACGAGCGAGGCAGCUGCGAUCACCGGCAUCAUCAUUCAGCCCAACUCUCCGCCAAUGAGAGGAGAGGAGAGGAGUGACAGCUGGGAGGCCCAGCUGGAGUGCUGA